AUGACGCCGCAGCAGCACUCGUCCCCGGUUGGGGCCUCUCAACAGGCUUCGUUGUCUUCGCCUCCAACUGGUCGAACGGAAGAGGGAGACCGUCCAAUCUAUCUCUAUCUCCUCCGCCAUGCCGAGGGCUCCCACAACAAGGGUGCAAAGGAACGGAAGCCUGGACAGAGUCGGACAAGCAUCUUUCGCUCGCCGGAACAUUUCGACGCGCGCCUGUCGGCCAAAGGAAAGGCGCAGUGCGCCGACGCAGCCGCGCGGAUGCCCGCUCCGCUGCGUGCCGCACUUGCGGCGAGACUCGGCGACACCACCGAUCUCCCGGGGAAAGCCGUGAAGGAAUCGCACGAAAACAGCACAGGAGACAACACAGAAGAUGACACAGAAGAGAAGAGAGCGAGAGGGGAGGGAUCUGACAGAGGAAGCGAAGAAGCAGGGGCGGCGGGGCAAGAGGGGGAGAGAAAGAGCGUUCACCUGGAGAAGUUUUCUGUGGUUCUGUGCACCUCAACGUUGCGGCGAGCGUUGGAGACAGGCCAUCUGGUGGUUCAGAGGGCCGUGGACAUUCUGAGGAACGAAGAGGAGCAAAAGACGGACGAGGGGCGAGCUCGAGACGCCGAGUCGAUGCGAGACAAGACGACAGAAGGAGAAGAAAGCGAAGGGGGGCUGACUGUCCAGACCAUUCCAACCUUUGCCAUCGAGGACCUGAGAGAGUGGAGCGGCGGCGGUCACAUUUGCGACGGCAGGCACAGCACGCGCGAACUCCGAGAAUUCUGCGCGCCGCGCUUCUCGAACCUCUCCUUCAUUGUCGACAAAGAUGGUGCGGCCUCAAAACGAACACAAAGCAAUGCACAGUGCGUGGACGCGGCACUUGCUGGCAGCCUUGGGUUUGUUCGACCCUUCGGAGCGCGGCCUAAAAAACUGCGAAUGGCGUCGCAUCUCCACGUCUGUUGCCAAGCUGCGUCGGGCUUUGCAGAAGCCUCGGCGAAGCAGGAGGACGGUCACAGAGAUGACUGUCGGCGUCUCGUGGACGUGGCGAGCGACCGCGCAUGCAAGGACGCGCCUUCCGCCAUGUCGCGCGGCUCUCUGAGCCUCGCUGUGAGGCGCGCAGAGGAGGCGAUUCGGGCGUGGUCCCAGCUGCAUCAGUACGUGCCGGAGCUUGGCAAAAAGCGAAGGACAAACGAGAACAGACGCGAGGCAGCGGGAUGCGAAGGGAAGGAAGGAAGUGACGGGAAACAAACAGAAACUGCGGCCUCACCGCCCUUCGCGGAAAGGCGCCGCCAGCUGGAAGAAGAACUCGCGCGGCUGAGACUGCUCGACUCUGAAGAAGGACGGAGAAGAGAAGUUGUCACAGAUGCCACAAUGUGCCUGAGGCCAGUGAACGAAGACACGGAAACUGGCCGGUGGGAAGUCGUGGCAAAGGAACGUGUGCACAGGCAGGCAUGUCUCCUCCUCGUUUUCCCCAGGGCGGUGGAGGCGACGGAGCGUCACGUCGCUGAGUGUGCCCCACCAGCCGGAGCCCCUUCGUCUCCAAGCGCCGGCGAGGAAACGGCAGGCGCCUUUUUGCCGCCCAACCGCCAGUCUUCAGAGUCACCGGAAGAGGCAGAGACAGCAGAAAGAGAACGGGAAGAGGAGAUUUUCGACAUCUGCUCAAAUCUCCUUCCGUCCACGUCAGGCGUCGACGUGGUGUACAGACUCAACAUCCUGUCGCUGUGA